AGACAUGUAUAUAUUAUGUGAGUGUGGGAACGAGUAUAACAGAGAGUAGUGUUUAACAAGGGGAGUGAGAGUGUUUGUUGCCCCUUUACAGUCUUACCUCAGAUCUCUGGUAGCAAAGAAACACUGCAAGAUGUCUCAGAAAAAGAGUUCAAGUUCACUAUUCAGCCUGAAGGUGGUGGCCAUUAAUUUGGCUGCUGGUGGUUCUGCAGGUUUCACAGAGAUUUGCAUCAUGCAUCCACUUGAUGUUGUGAAAACAAGAUUCCAGAUACAGACAACAGGAAAGCCUGGAGAUCCAAACUAUUACACUUCUGUCUAUGACUGCAUGCGGAAGAUGGCCAGAAAUGAGGGUGUUCUGUCACUGUAUAAGGGGGUGCUACCCCCUGUGUUGGUGGAGACACCAAAGCGUGCUGUAAAGUUUCUAACAUUUGAAAUCUACAAAAAGCUUUUUGGAAGUCCAACACCAACAACCUUCUUCCUGGCUGGCUUGGGGUCAGGUACAACUGAAGCCAUUCUUGUCAAUCCUUUUGAAGUAGUGAAAGUAGCUCAACAAGCCAACAGAUCCCAGCACAAAGUGUCUCCCAGUACAUGGGCAGUGGCUCGGCAAAUAGUGAAGAAUGAAGGGUUUGGCUUCAGGGGCCUUAAUAAAGGAGUCACAGCCACCAUUGGUAGAAAUGGUGUCUUCAAUAUGAUCUACUUUGGCUUCUUCCAUACAGUCAAUUCAAAAAUCACUCAGCCAGAGAACAAAUGGAGGCAAAACUUCCAAAAAUUCUUCAUAGGCCUGGUGGCAGGUGUAAUUGGUUGCCUGGUAAACAUUCCUUUUGAUGUAGCAAAGAGCCGCAUCCAGGGACCUCAGCCAGUCCCGGGAGAAAUCAAGUACCGCGGCACUUUUGCCUCCAUUGGAUUAGUGUAUAGAGAAGAAGGGUUCCGGGCUCUGUACAAAGGUUUGGUUCCCAAAGUGCUUCGUCUGGGCCCUGGUGCCGGCAUCAUGAUGAUUGUCUAUGAGAAUGUUCAUGGUUACCUCACAAAAAGAUUUCCAGAUAACUAAUGAGAGCUGCAAAUCUAUUCCUACAGGAGAGCUCUUAUUUCAGGCAAGGGGAACAUGCAAUGGGAUCAAUUGUUCAGGUGGAGAGAAUAAUGAUAACUGAUAAUGAAAAUAAAUUCCCUUUCUAUAUCAUUUAUAUGUAGGAUAAUUUUUUGGUAUAUUUUUAUAUUAAAAUUUAAUGUAUAGUAAAAAAUAAUUAAGAUGUAAAAGAAUACUUAUGAUUACAUGUGUGUGUGUAGAUAUCCUGUCUCAACCACCCUUCUUUGAGGGGAAUGAGAGAAGAAAAUAAGGGAAGCCUGGUAUACCGAUCAAAUCAUUGUGGUCUUACCAUUCCGUUAGUGUUCCUAUAAGUAGGGAGAGAGAGAGAGAGAGAGAGAGAGAGAGAGAGAGAGAGAGAGAGAGAGAGAGAGAGAGAGAGAGAGAGAGAGAGAGAGAGAGAGAGAGAGAGAGAGAGAGAGAUCAUUCAUGUACUCUUGCUCUGGAACCUAAUGAUCUGAAAAUAUGUGAACAAAUUAUCCUAAUUGAAUAGAACAUCUUCAGAUUAUGAAUAAAAACCAUAUGCCUUUAAUUUUUUUUUAAUAUUUCACUUAGAGAAAAUGAAAUAGGAGAUAAUUUGCCAUCAAGGUGAUUUGAAAAACUUGAUGAGAAUACACAGUGUAAAGAUCUUAAUAAGAUUAGCAGCAGACGAUGUUACUAUUUUUACUGUGUGUAAGUUCUGAGUCUUCUCAAUUCCAGCAUUGGUGAUGAAUGUCAAUAUUUACAUUAGGGAGUGCUUGUAAGUGUGACUGUGUGCAAGUCUUGGCCACUUCAUUCAGAGAGCAUGUGCUAAGGUAUAUAAAUGGAUGGAUAGAGGAAUUUCUUCUAUUUUGAUUUCAUGAACAAAAUAUCAUAUGCUUUAUUAUUAUUGAUCACUAUUGUAAUGUCUUCUAUUUUGUACUAAAACAUAAUGUAAAUGCAUGAAACGCUCAAUAUGUAGAAUUAGAUAUUUUCCAAUACAACAAAAGAUGAAAACUAUUUUAAGACUUGUCCAACCUCAAACUCAAAGUUUUGGGUUGUAAAUCUUAGGUGCUCACGUGGUGCAUGAAUGAAUGUGUUUUAUGUCUCAUUAGCUAAUCUAUAGAAGACCUUCACUUUUAAGGUUCUUUCUAGCGAAUGGAUGUUUUACAUUUGACCAGUAGCAAAUAUCUACAGGAUCCAGGCUGUCAUUAAUCAAUCGUACAAUAUUCAAGAUUUUCAUGGAUUAAUUAUCUGCAAAGUGUAAAUGGACUUAAUAAGAAAGAGAGCCACAGUGUGUUUGUAUGCUCAUCAUGAAGGUAAUUUAAAAUUUUGUGCUGUGUCUACUGCAAGUUUGAACAAAGCACAAUAGAUAUCAAAUAUCUCAGGGAUAUGGCCCCUGUCAGAGCACAUUGCUCAGCCAUGACGAAGUUUUAUAAUCUUAUAGCUUGAGCUAAUUAGUGUGGUAUAUAUAUGGAAUCAAACAGAUGGUGUCCACAAACUGCACACCUUAUGUUAUCUGUCCUUAGUGAUGUACAAUUUGUUUAAAAAGCUAUAUUGCAUAGCAUUUUACAACCAACUCACUUACAUUUAACUCUUGACAUUUCAUAAAAGACAUACAUACUAUAGAAGUAGUGUUGCUGACAUUCAUAGGAUAGCUAUUAGCAUCAAUCCUGUUGCUUCGUGAAAUGAAGUCUCUGAGAUUUACAUCCGAGUUAUUAACACAUAAGGUCAGGUUACCAAGUAAAAUAGAUGUUUCUUUAUAUAAAAAGUGUAUUUCGAUUACCUAACCAUGAAAAUUGGUUAGUGGAGCACAACUAUAAUACCAUCUGCACUGGCAGCAUCUGCAUUAUUUAUAAUACUGAACAUACACACAAAAUGUUUUGUAAAUCACACAGCUGAACAGCCAUCACAACAUAUAAAUGGCUGUUAAUAUUAUUUUAUCAUUAAAAUUUGCACUUAAAAGACCUUUUGAGUACAUCAAACCUGCAACUCAACUUUUCUUUUUUGUCUUGAGCAACUAUAACAAUGAAAAACAACAAUUAUUCCUCACAAGUAACAACAAAAUUAUUCACCAUUUUUUAAAGUUUGUUUCAAGCACUCAUCUCUCAAAUGAGAAUGCACAACAUCAGUGUUCAUAAUCAUAUACACAGUUCAUCAAAGCACUUAUUUAUGCAUAUAAAGGGAAACACAUUUCAGUCUUGUAAUGUUUCCAUAUACCCUGUUUGUUAAGUGCAAUCAUUUACUUAUCUUUAAAAUAUGAAAGCACAAAUAGACAAUGUAGGUAUGCACUUUGCAUAUCCAAAGGAUAAACACAUUCCUUUCCAGCAAUAAAUGGAGACCAAAAGCAUUCACACAAUGUCUUUACACCACAGUAGUGAUAUUUUUCAAUAAACAUUGAAGUCAA